AUGUUCUCCCGGGUGGCUACAAGUCUCGCUCUCAUGGGCUCCAUGGCUGCAGCAGGGCCGUGUGACAUCUACUCCUCCGGUGGCACGCCCUGCGUCGCCGCCCACAGCACCACUCGUGCCCUGUACAGUGCCUACUCCGGGUCUCUCUACCAGGUCAAACGCGGGUCUGACGGCUCCACGACCGACAUCAAGGCCCUGUCUGCCGGGGGUGUUGCCAAUGCUGCCGCCCAGGACACCUUCUGCGCCAGUACCACCUGUCUCAUCACCAUCAUCUACGACCAAUCCGGCCGCGGAAACCACCUCACCCAAGCUCCCCCGGGCGGAUUCCAAGGACCGGACGUCAAUGGCUACGACAACCUGGCCGGUGCCAUCGGCGCCCCCGUCACUCUGAACGGCCAAAAGGCCUACGGUGUCUUCGUCUCCCCCGGCACGGGGUACCGCAACAAUGCCGCAAGUGGCAUCGCAACCGGCGACGCGGCCGAGGGCAUGUACGCCGUGCUGGACGGCACGCACUACAAUGGCGGCUGCUGCUUUGAUUACGGAAACGCCGAAACCAACAAUCUCGACACCGGCAACGGGCACAUGGAGGCGAUCUACUACGGCGACAACACCGCCUGGGGAUCCGGCGCUGGCUCGGGGCCGUGGAUCAUGGCCGAUCUCGAGAACGGGCUGUUCUCCGGAGUCAAUCCCAAGAACAAUGCGGGCGACCCGUCCCUCUCCUACCGCUUCGUCACCUCCGUCCUGAAGGGCGGCCCGAAUCUCUGGUCCAUUCGCGGCGGGAACUCCGCCUCGGGGUCUCUAUCGACGUACUACAGCGGCGUGCGGCCCAGCGCCUCCGGCUACAAUCCGAUGAGCAAGGAGGGCGCCAUCAUCCUCGGCAUCGGCGGUGACAACAGCGUCUCGGCACAGGGGACCUUCUACGAGGGCGUCAUGACUUCCGGCUACCCGUCCGAUGCCACCGAGAACUCGGUGCAGGCGAACAUCGUCGCCGCGAAGUACGCCACCACGUCGCUGACCAGCGGGCCGGGGCUUUCCGUGGGCUCGUCCGUGUCCCUCCGCGCCACCACCUCCGGCUACAACACUCGCUACCUCGCGCACACCGGCUCGUCCGUCGACACGCAGGUCGUCUCGUCCUCCAGCUCCACCGCGCUCAAGCAGCAGGCUAGCUGGACCGUCCGCGCGGGUCUAGCCAACAGCGCAUGCUACUCCUUCGAGUCCGUGGACACGCCGGGAAGCUACAUCCGACACUCGGGGUUCGCGCUGCUGCUGAACGCGAACGACGGGACGAAGCUGUUCAAGGAAGAUGCGACGUUCUGCACCCUGUCGGGGUUGAAUGGGCAGGGGAACUCGAUUCGGUCGUGGAGUUACCCGACGCGGUGGGUGAGGCAUUAUACGAAUUUGCUGUAUGUGGCGAGUAACGGGGGUGUGAAUGCGUUUGAUGCGGCGAAUUCGUUUAGUGAUGAUGUGAGUUGGGUGGUUAGUUCGGGGUUUGCUUGA